GCGAUUAGAAAUGUCUAUAAAUAUGGAAGAUCUAAAAAAAGUUAAUGUAGAUACACUCACAGCAAAGGAGAAAUAAAAAUGCUAUGAGGCUUUUGUAGCAUUCGAUAAAAAUGUAUCGGGAUAUAUUGAGAAAGAUGAAUUAAGAGCAGUUCUUGAAGGUAACUUUUAAUAAAAGUCUUAGAAAUGGGUUAGAAGCCAACAGAAGAAGAAUUAAUAAAGAUGAUUAAUGAAGUGGAUUUAUCAGGAAGAGGAGCUAUUAGUAAAGAGGAUUUCUUAAAAAUAAUCGCUUAUCACAAAAUGAUUUUAUAGACAAGUGAUGAGGAAGACAUAAGUAAAAUUAUACAUAAUCUCAAUAGAACUUGCAUUUAUAGCAUUAGGUGGAAACGAAGAUAAAUCUGGAUCAGUGGAUAGGCAAAAACUCAUUAAUGUUAUAUAAAAUGAGUUUAAUCUUUCAAUCGAUUUAAAUGUAAUGAACAUUCAUAUUAAAAUAGAGACUGAUCAAGGAAUUGUCUCCAAACCAAAAUGAAUUGAAAUAUGAAGACUUUCGUAAUUUACUUUAAAACUGA